GUACACCCGUAUGGUGUAUGGGGUUAGGUAUCGCCGUGCAGCGACGGGACUCUAGAAACUAUGGUUCGACGGUUCCGAUUUGGACCCAUGACUUCUUUCUAAAUCCGUUGGCCUAAUGACUUUGAAUUUUCUCAAUUCCAUUUCAAAUUCUCAUUUUGUACGUUGACAGCCGGGCGAUCCAAGAAGUAUUUAUGCCUUCCUCCAUCGCGUUCUGGUUGUGUAUUCAUACGCAGUUAUUGAUCUGAACAUAUCAGAAAGCAAUCGAAUAAUAAGGGUUUUCAGCAACAAUGGUGAGUUCGACUGCUGGCCUUGUCCUUUCUUGCAACGCGGCGAUUGCAUGGGAAGCGGGGAAGCCACUGGUGAUUCAGACGGUGGAGGUUGCGCCGCCACAGGCCAUGGAGGUCAGGAUCAAGAUCAAGUACACCUCCCUUUGUCACACUGACCUCUAUUUCUGGGAAGCCAAGGGACAAACGCCACUCUUUCCUCGCAUAUUUGGUCAUGAAGCAGCAGGAGUAGUGGAGAGUGUGGGUGAUGGGGUGGAAGACCUCCGGGUUGGGGACCACGUGCUUCCGGUAUUCACUGGCGAAUGCGGGGAAUGUGCGCACUGUAAAUCCGAGGAAAGCAACAUGUGUGAUCUGCUAAGGAUAAACACGGACAGAGGAGUGAUGCUGAGUGAUGGAAACUCAAGGUUUUCUAUCGAUGGUAAACCCAUAAACCAUUUCUUAGGCACCUCGACUUUCAGCGAGUACACAGUUGUGCAUUCAGGCUGCCUUGCUAAGAUCAAUCCACUAGCUCCACUUGACAAAGUCUGUAUUCUAAGCUGUGGAGUCUCCACAGGACUAGGUGCAACUCUGAAUGUGGCUAAGCCCAAAAAGGGAUCUUCUAUUGCCAUAUUUGGUCUAGGAGCUGUUGGCCUUGCUGCUGCAGAAGGUGCACGAAUUGCUGGGGCAUCGAGAAUCAUUGGUGUUGAUUUUAAUCCUAAAAGAUUCGAGGAAGCCAAGAAAUUUGGGGUGAAUGAGUUUGUGAAUCCCAAGGAGCAUGAUAAACCAGUUCAACAGGUACUCACAGAAAUGACAAAUGGUGGUGUGGAUAGGAGCGUGGAGUGCACGGGUAAUAUCGAUGCUAUGAUCGCUGCUUUCGAAUGUGUUCAUGAUGGAUGGGGCGUUGCUGUCCUAGUUGGUGUCCCUAACAAGGAUGAUGUCUUCAUGACCAAGCCCGUGAACUUGCUAAACGAGCGGACCCUUAAAGGAACAUUCUUUGGUAACUAUAAACCAAGGACUGAUCUUCCAUCUGUUGUUGAUAUGUACAUGGACAAGAAACUGGAGGUGGAGAAGUUUAUAACUCACCGCGUUCCGUUCUCCGAUAUCAACAAAGCAUUUGAGUACAUGUUGAGAGGGGAAGGACUGAGGUGCAUAAUCAGCAUGGAAGAUUAAUUAGUGUUCAUGGCUUGGCUUCAUACUAUACAACAAACUUUAUACUCCCUGAGUAUUUGUACAUUUUUGAGUUUUUCGGUCAAAAUUGGUAAACAUUGACCUCAAAAGUUGAAAACUGUUGACUAAAAAAAAAUUAAAACUGGAUAAAUACUCAAGGACGAAGAUAGUACUUCUCAGUCCAAAAUGAUGUUGUGAAUAAUGCAAAAUGAUACUCCGGUGUGUUAUCUCUAGGCCCGGUUCAGGCCCAAACCUGUCAAUUAU